ACUCUGCUCCCUCCAUACUAAACACACGAACCAGACAAGUUCCUACGAAAAGCCAACACUCCACGCCCAUUUUCGUCGGGGAAUAUGUACCCAUCGGCUUUAGAUAAAUAAGGAAACAGCAGGCUGAACCAGAACUAAGAGAAAAUUGGGCAGAGAGAAGGCAAUGGCGAGUCCACCGAGGCGCUGGGCCUGCGGAGAGCUGCUGCUGCCCUUCAUGCUCCUGGGGACGCUGUGCCAACCGGGAUCCGGGCAGAUCAGCUACUCGAUGCCGGAGGAGCUGGACAAAGGCUCCUUCGUCGGCAACAUCGCCAAGGACCUUGGGCUGGAGCCCCAGGAGCUGGCGGAGCACGGAGUCCGCAUCGUCUCCAGAGGUAGGACGCAGCUUUUCGCUCUGAACCCGCGAAGCGGCAGCUUGGUCACCGCGGGCAGGAUAGACCGGGAGGAGCUCUGCGCUCAGAGCCCGCUGUGUGUGGUGAACUUUAACAUCUUAGUUGAGAACAAAAUGAAAAUUUAUGUAGUAGAAGUAGAAAUAAUCGAUAUUAAUGAUAACUUUCCGCGUUUCCGGGAUGAGGAGUUAAAAGUAAAAGUUAAUGAAAAUGCGGCUGCAGGGACACGUUUAGUGCUUCCCUUCGCGCGGGAUGCAGAUGUGGGUGUGAACUCCCUCCGGAGUUACCAGCUCAGCUCCAAUCUGCACUUCUCUCUGGAUGUGGUAAGCGGAACUGAUGGACAAAAGUAUCCGGAGCUGGUGUUGGAACAGCCCCUAGACCGCGAGAAAGAGACUGUUCACGACCUCCUCCUCACAGCUUUAGAUGGCGGAGACCCGGUACUCUCCGGCACCACGCACAUUCGUGUUACAGUACUCGACGCAAACGACAAUGCACCCCUGUUCACGCCAUCCGAGUACAGCGUGAGUGUUCCGGAGAACAUACCUGUGGGCACUCGGCUGCUCACGCUAACCGCCACGGAUCCAGAUGAGGGAAUAAACGGGAAAUUGACCUACUCUUUUCGCAAUGAGGAAGACAAAAUUUCGGAGACUUUCCAUCUUGAUUCCAACCUGGGGGAAAUCUCAACUCUACAACCGCUGGACUAUGAAGAAUCCAGAUUCUACCUCAUGGAAGUGGUAGCUCAGGAUGGAGGCGCUCUUCUUGCCAGCGCUAAGGUGGUGGUCACAGUACAGGACGUGAAUGACAAUGCCCCCGAAGUGAUCCUCACCUCUCUGACCAGUUCCCUCUCUGAAGACUGUCUUCCAGGAACUGUAAUCGCGCUGUUUAGUGUACAUGAUGGUGAUUCUGGAGAAAAUGGUGAGAUUGCAUGCUUUAUUCCUAGGAACUUGCCUUUUAAACUGGAGAAGUCAGUUGAUAAUUACUAUCACCUAUUAACAACUAGAAACCUGGACAGAGAAGAGACUUCAGAUUAUAAUAUCACUUUAACCGUCAUUGACCAUGGAACCCCGACCCUCUCUGCAGAAAACCACAUCCCCUUGAAAGUAGCAGACGUCAAUGACAACCCACCCAAUUUCUCUCAAGCCUCCUAUUCCACCUCUCUCCCAGAAAACAACCCCAGAGGUGUCUCUAUCUUCUCUGUGACAGCCCAUGACCCCGACAGCGGCGACAAUGCUCGAGUCACCUACUCCCUGGCUGAAGACACAUUUCAGGGGGCGCCCUUGUCCUCCUAUGUCUCCAUUAACUCUGACACCGGUGUCCUGUAUGCGCUGAGAUCCUUCGAUUAUGAGCAGUUGAGAGACCUACAGUUGUGGGUGACAGCCAGCGACAAUGGGAACCCUCCACUUAGCAGCAACGUGUCACUGAGCCUGUUUGUGCUGGACCAGAACGACAAUGCGCCCGAGAUCCUGUACCCCACCCUCCCCACAGACGGUUCCACGGGCGUGGAGCUGGCGCCCCGCUCCGCAGAACCUGGCUACCUGGUGACCAAGGUGGUAGCGGUGGACAAAGAUUCAGGCCAGAAUGCCUGGCUAUCCUACCGCCUGCUUAAGGCCAGCGAGCCGGGACUCUUUGCGGUUGGGCUGCACACAGGCGAAGUGCGGACAGCGCGGACCCUGCUGGACAGAGAUGCACUCAAGCAGAGCCUCAUAGUGGCGGUGGAAGACCAUGGCCAGCCCACUCUGUCAGCCACCGUCACAGUCACAGUGGCCGUGGCAGACAGGAUCCCUGACAUCCUUGCUGACCUUGGCAGUAUGAAGACCCCCAUUGACCCUGAGGAUUUGGAUCUCACAUUCUAUCUUGUGGUGGCAGUGGCUGCAGUCUCCUGCGUCUUCUUGGCCUUUGUCAUUGUGCUGCUGGCGCUCAGACUGAGGCGCUGGCACAAGUCACGCCUGCUUCAGGCUGAAGGCAGCAGGUUGGCGAGUGUGCCCGCCUCGCACUUUGUGGGCAUGGAUGGGGUUCGGGCUUUCCUGCAGACCUAUUCCCACGAGGUCUCCCUCACCGCGGACUCGAGGAAGAGUCACCUGAUCUUUCCCCAGCCCAACUAUGCAGACACGCUCCUUAGUGAAGAGAGCUGUGAAAAAAGCGAGCCUCUUCUGAUGUCUGAUAAGGUAGAUGUAAACAAAGAAGAACGGCGAGUUCAGGUUAGUUUUCUCUUUCGGUAAGGAUGACCAGAACAUUUUUGUU